CAAACUAAAGGCAAUUCAGAGUAACAAAAACCUAUUUACAAAAAGUUCAUCCAUACACGUUCUAGUUUAUGCCUUUAGGCUAAAGAAAUGCAAUAAUUGUGUGUUUGUAUGUGUGUGCGUGUGUGCGUGCGUGCGUGCAUGCGUGUGUGUGUUUCUGUGUGUGUGUGUUUUGUAUAAAUGUUUCUAUAGAAAUGUUUACGUUACAAAUGUUAUUUGCAUCUUUCCAAAUAGAUGUAUGCAGAUCGAUGGAGGAUAAAUAUACAGUUGAGGUUGCAUGCGAAAUAGUUAAAGUGCAAAAAUGUUCAUUCCAGGAAACAUUCUAGUGCGGAAAUACAAUUACGACUUGCUUUCCUUGUUGACAAAAUGGAGAUCUAUGCUAUUCUAAUUUUUUCAACAUUUCAAGCUCAGGGGGUUGCCCUCAGAGCAGAACAAAGCUCGGUGAGGUUGAUGGGAGAGGCGUCUGACGCUAUAGAUGGUGAUUCAGAAACGUACGCUCUGACGAAUAACCAGUCGAAACAGUACUGGAGAGUCAUUAUGGACGAUGUAUACAAUAUUUCAUUGAUAUUUAUUCGCAUAAGGGGAGCUAGCACAAACAACAUGUUCUAUGUGUAUAUAAGCGGAGAUGAGAGGUAUUCAAAUGAAACCCUUUGUGGCGAAUUCUCCUUCAGCAACACAAUAAUCAACGAAAAGUUCAUCAAAUGUGAACAAGCGAUGAUGGGUGACACUCUUACUCUGCGCAGAGAUGGCGAAAUUCGACUCUUCGAGUUUAGGCCUUUAACUCUAAAUACAGGAAGUGUUCAUGACGUCAUCUCUGGAAAGUAUGUAGAUUGUUUUGAGAAUUUUCCAGCACCUACUAGUGUUACUGAUGUGAAGUUUGACAACUCUAGUAAACUGGAAAGCAGUACAACAGACUCAGACUGUCCUAUAUGCGAUACGCAAAUUUUCCCCAACAUUUGUAACUCCACGAAAACGAUGAGACUGGGAUACCAUCCUAUAGGCAGUACGCCCAUAUCGUUACACACGGAAAGAACGGAGUACUUUGAAAAUCCUGACCACUGUGUUGAAAAUUCCAAUUCUCGUUGUGAAAUUUGUAUUGAAACAUGCACCGCUUGUAUCGACAACACAGAACUGCUAAAUUGCACGUCCUGUAAUUCUACAGUGGGUGGGAUGAUAUGUGAGAAAGAAUGCGAUAUUUCCUGUUCCAGAGACAAACUUUGGAUAUCCAUCUUAGUUUGUGGAACUUCUUUUGGAGUUGUCAUGGUGAUUGGUUUAGCUAUCUCUGCAAGACUAAUGCUAAAGAAAAAGUACAAGAACGAGUCCAACUAUGACAUCAUUGCACUGGAGGAAAUACACCAAAGCAUGCCGGAGCUUCUCAACUUUGAGAUUCAGGAAGAAGAAGUGGAAUACUGCAACUUGAUGUCGUACCGUCAGGACAUCGACACGUUCAUACAAGAAGUGGCGCGAAAGAAAACAUAUGAUAAAUUCAUUGAGGAAUUUCAGCAACUUCCCAACAGUAUGACAGAUUCUUACACCGAAGCACUGAAAUGGACAAACAUGCCCAAAAACAGAUACAGACAAAACUACCCUUAUGAUUACGCAAGAGUUGUUUUAGACCCAGAUGAAACUUCAGGAAAAACAGAUUACAUAAAUGCCUCUUACAUAAAUGGAUUUGAUAAGGAGAGAAAUUACAUUGCUGCACAAGGUCCGUUCUCCUCCGACACUCUCAAAGACUUCUGGGCAAUGAUAUGGCAAAACAACUGCACAAGAGUAGUGAUGCUAGCAAACGUGUACGAGGGAGACAAGAUAUCGUGUUUAAGAUACUGGCCACACUCUGAGGAUUGUAUUGGACCUUUCUACAUUAAAUUGGACAGGCAGGAUGUGUACAGACAUUACAUCAUCAGACAACUUUCACUCAGUAAGCAAAGUGAUGAACAAGGUCGGAGCAUGCGCAUCAGCCACUUUCAGUACACGUCAUGGCAUGAGAAAAGAGUACCGGAGUGUGAAGACUCGAUCUUGUGUUUCAGAAAUCUUGUGAAAAGCGGAAUUUCUGAGUCAGACGGACCGAUUCUGGUUCACUGCAGUGCCGGUAUCGGUCGAACGGGUACGUUUAUUGCUUUGGACUAUCUUCUAGAGGAAAGCUCAGGAAGAAGAGACCUGGAUGUAAUCAGCUGUGUUUCUAAACUUCGCCAACAGAGGGCGUUCGUCAUUCAAACCUAUGAUGAGUACAUGUUCCUUCACGAUGUCCUUGUGCGAUAUUUUGCAAAGCAUCGAAUGAAGAUCGAAGACAAUCUUCGCUCAGACUACAAUCCUCUGAACCAAUGAAAAGAAGCGCGAUCACUAUAAAGGACAUCGACAUCACGCAAUACGAAAAUAUAUCUAGUUUUUUAAAUGCAGAAUGAAAUUUUUUCAGCGCAAGAUUUAGUUUAAAUAUGAUGUAAAAAGUAACUUAAAUUAAUAUUUAUGAAAAACAACCCCUUACGUAUGCAGUCAUCAUUUACCUAAAUGGCUAUGUGCAAGUAUGAAAUAUUUUUCUUGAGAUUUUUCUCAUUGUGAGAAUAGACAGAACGGCGGGCACAGGUGUGUGAAUUUGUAACAUUUGAUCCUUAAUUGACAAAUGCUUAAUUAUUUACUCUAAGAAGAGUUGGUUUCUCAACUUUUGAGCAAAAUCGUGCAAAUUGCUAUUUUAACUGUGUAGGUACAAAAUCAAUGUCUACACUUGUUUCUUUACUCUGUAGAGUGAGAAAUAUUACUUCAAAUUUAGAAAGGUUUUGGUUAGGAUUACAUUUUGUGGCGAAGUUUUUUCAUAAAAAAGCAUGAAUUAUAUUUAAUCUAAAAUACUUACAUAUAUUUGUAAUUUAUCAUGCAACUAGUCAAGAUUUGGAACGAAUUGAAUUUUUUGGUUCAUGUCUCAUUUUUAAAAAGAACACCAGUUAUUAAAAAGGUCUAGAUUAAUUAACUCAAAUUUUCCAUGGAAUUUGUUUUCUUAGCCAAUAAUUCGAUAAUUUUACUUAUACCCGCCACUUUUUAUGUCCCUACAUUGCAACGUAUGUAUAUAUCUUUUAAACUGACGAUAUUUUUACCCUGUCCUACUAAAAAUUAUGGAUUUUUGCAUAAUUUAAGUGCAAAACAGUUAUCUUUUUUUUUUUUUUAUAAAAACAUAUAUAUAUUUAUUGUUAAAAACACGAAUGUGAGUUUAAUGAAUUUGUGUUUUUCAUUGUGUGUUCACACCAACAGACAAAACUAGAUUAUGCAAAUAAAUAAGAUUUUUGGAGCAUAAAGGCGACAUUUAACGCACUGCAACUUAAUAACAAAUAUUUUAAACCCCUGUUUUCCCUCAACCCCCCCAUUCCCUUCAAUGUAAGGAUGAAAUAUUUAUUUCCAAAAGAAUAGCCAAUACUACACAACUUGGGUACAAAGGUCUUUGCUAUAUUGCAUUUAGAAUUUGGAAGAGCAGUUACAUGAUAAAUUGUCAAUUUUGCAACAACAAAAAAAUCUACGCUAACAAGCACACUAUGCUCCAUUGCAUGUAGAAGAGGAUGUCUUUUAUUCCUUUUAACAACUUCGUCACAUACUGUAUCAUAUCAGAGAUACAGGCACUCACUUAUACAAUUUUCACUAACAGAUCCAGAUGAAAUAUGUUUAAACCUUUUGUAAUGUAAAUAUUUUAUCAUUUUCUUGUUAAGUUUAAUUAUUGUUAUGCAAUUUACUGCAGUCAUGUAGAACAAACACUAAGGACUUAUAACAAUAACAAAGUUUAUUGUUUUAGUCAUUUAUACCUGUAAUUGUAUAUGAAGGUCUGAUCAUUGCAAUCACUUAAUCCUUCUUAUCACAAAUUUCUUCCAACUUCAAAAACAAUGAUACAGCUUGUAUAUAUGAAACAUGGCUCGGAAGUGACACAGAGAGCAUAGUGAUAGGAGAACUCGUUCCGGAUGGUUAUGAUAUACUCCACGUCCCCAUAAAAAAACCGUAAAACCGUAAAGGUGGCGGUGUUGCAUUCAUUUACAACAAAAAUCUUCGUUCCACUCAAUUACAGUUAGACGAUUCGUUCCAUCAUUUUGAGCACAUGGAAUGCACGGUGUUUACACAGAACUUGAACAUUCAAAUAUGUAUUGUCUAUCGGCCACCGUCACAACAGAUUUCUGAAUGUUUCAUUGAAUGGUCGUUCUAUGCAAAGUGAAGACUGUGUAAGUCGCCAUGUAUCAUCGGACAAACUCAAUAUCACAGGUGACAUGAAUUUCCAUCUUGGCAUGGUUAAGGACCCAAAUGUACAUGACCUCUCUCAAAGAACAUGAGUUAACACAGCAUAUAACUGAUCCUACGCAUGUGCGCGGACAUAUUCUGGACGUAUUUAUUACCAAGGAUGACAGCACAAUCCUGAAAUCCGCUCUAACCGUUGAUAAUCAACUAAUAUGUGACUCAAAAGGCAUUACAUUUCGUGACAAUAAAGGCAUUCAUUCCAUCCUCAAAGUACAAAAACCUAAAAAAAAAAAAAAAAAAAAAAAAAAAAUAAGAAGUCUUUCCUUUCGCAAAAUACGCGAAAUUGAGCAUGACAAGUUUUGCCUGGACAUUGAUUCUCAGUUAUCAAAAAUAAAGAACGAUAUUCCAAUCGAAGACAUGGUUGGUAUUUACAAUGAGGGUAUCCGUGAUGUGAUAAAUGACCACGCACCAUUGCAAGAAAGAAAUACGAUCGUUAGGCACAAUUCAGAGUGAUUUACAGAGGAACUUCAUAUGCUAAAACGAACUCGGUGAAAAACAGAACGUACAUGGCGACAAACACAUUUGACUGUACACCACCAAAUAUAUAAGGAGUCAGUUCGAACAUACAACAAAUCCUUAACUCAGUGUAAAAAGGAACAUUAUUCACACAAAAUAACCGAGUGUGGCAGAGACUCGAAGAAGCUCUAUUGUCUGACAAAUCGGCUCAUGGGUAACACGUCAGAACCCAUUUUACCUUCUUCUGAGGGAAAGGAAUUGUCGGAAAACUUUGCUAAAUAUUUUCAUGGAAAAAUAAGCAAUAUCCGUUUAUCGGUUUGCCAAUCUAUUGUUUCGAACAAUGGCGCAACAAAUCCUUUUUACUCUGAUAUUCCAUUUGAUGGUGAACACCACGAAAUUUGCAUCUGCAACUACAGGAGAAAUUCGAAAACUCCUUAUGAACCCAGUACCCAAAUAUUGUGUACUGGACCCAGUUCCUGCGUAUCUAUUGAAACAAUGCAGUGAGAGUUUCUCGUCAUCCAUCACUUUAAUUAUAAACAAGUCGCUGUUGGAAUCCAUUGUUCCUAGUGACUUUAAGCAGGCAAUCGUUCGACCAUUACUGAAAAAUCCAGGGCUUGACAAAGACAUUUUCAAAAACUAUCGCCCUGUGUUAAAUCUCUCGUUCGUUUCGAAGAUUCUUGAAAAUGUUAUUGUAAAACGAAUCGAAGCCCAUCUGAAGACACAUCAACUGCAUGACAAUUUUCAGUCCGCGUACAGAACGGGACACUCUACAGAAAUCGCACUAAUGAACAUCAUCACAUUGUAUGUGCACUUGACAAUAACAGUUGCGCUAUCCUUGUAUUGCUCUACAUCUCUGCGGCGUUCCGUGUCAUAGACCACCAGAUCCUAUUGCAACGUAUGGACAACAUAUUUGGUAACACUGGAUCUCAAUUAAAAUGGAUUAAAUCCUAUCUUAGAGAGAAAUAUCAACGUGUUGCCGUUGGUUCAUCGUUGUCCGAUGUUUGUCCCCUCGAAUGUAGUGUACCACAAGGCUCAGUCCUGGGUCCGAGACUCUACUGUCUUUUUUCAAACCCCUUAGAAGAAGUAUGCAGACGUCAUGAUAUCACGUAUCAUAUAUAGCGGAUGACACCCAGAUCUAUAUCAUCGUUGAACCUGGUGACAAUUGGACCGAUAUGUCUCAAAGACUCUCAAGUUGCUUAUCAGACACACGUAUGUGGAUGAGUAUCAACCUCCUCAAACUCAUGAAGAUAAAACUGAACUUGUAGUCUUUGCACCAAAACACAGACGUGAAGAUAUGAGUAGUUUUGAUCUUGAAUUUGAUGACUGUGUUGUAAGUGAUUCAUCUUUCAUAAAAAAAAUUCAGGUGUAUUCUUAGACAAAUCCCUUAUCAUGGAAAAACACUGUCUCCCUAUUUCCCGUACAGUAUAUGUGAAAAUUCGCAGAAUUGGCUGUAUCCGUUCAUUUAUCAAUGAUGAAGCAUGUAAAACUCUAGUAAACUCGUUAGUUACAUCAAUAUUAGAUUACGGAAAUGCAUUGCUUUAUGGUAUUAAUUCUAAACACACCAGCAAACUUCAGAGGGCACAAAACACAGCUGCAAGAUUAAUAGCACGCUCAAACUAUCCGACCAUAUUACUCCUGUUCUAACAGAUCAUCACUGGUCUCCCGCUGAAUACAGAAUUCAAUACAAGAUUCUUCUUCAUACUUUCAAAUCUCUCAACAACCUAUCUCCAGUUUACAUAAAGGAUAUCGUUACAGUUUACAAUCCCACACGAUCACUAAGAUCCGAAUCUCUGCAUCUUCUCCAGGUACCUCGAACACGUACCAAAACAUAUGGGGAUCGACGUUUGGAUAAUGUCGUAUCGAGUCUCUGGAAUUCUCUGCCUUUUAAACUCAGACAAUGUACUUCACUGUCUAGUUUUAAAGCGGACCUCAAAACGCAUCUUUUUAGAUUAGCUUUUAAUUUGUGAUUUCUUUUACAUACUUAGUGCUCUUACAUUGCAGGUCUAACAGUGCUGUUACAUUUUAUUUCACACAAAACCCCAACCCUUCAGUUGCUAUUUCAACAGUAGUUUGUUAUUAUACUUAUGUCCUUUCUAUGUAUUUAGAUAUUCCUAAGGGUUGUUUUUUAAAUUGUUAACGUUUUAUAUGUUAUUAGGGUAAUUAUAUCAUUACAUUAGGUGUUAUAUAUUAAUAAUGAUAAUUAUGCAUUUUAAUUCUGACACUAUAGAUAUUUUACUCACAUGUAUGUGCAUAUAGAUUUUAUAUUAUUUCUUCUCUCACAUUUGUAAAGCGCUUUAGAGAACUAAUGUUGAUAGGGCGCUAUAUAAAUCUUUUAAUUACAAUUACAAUUGUACAAUGGUUGUAAUGACAAUAAGCCGAAAAUUAAAAACGUGGUAAAACA